UGCAUUCACACUCAGACAAGCUAAAAAAGCACCUACUGAAGAGCUAUCAUUAUGGCCCCUUCCUCUCCUGGUGUUGACUCCAUACCCUUGCAGCGCACAGGAAGCCAGAACGCCACAGGAACAUUCCCCCGUGCCGGCUAUGCCACUGGCCCUGGUGCCUCAACCGCCGACUAUGCCAACCCCUACCGUACACUACAGUUCUGCCCCUCCACAGACUCACCCUACAGCAAAUCGGGACCUGCUCUGCCCCCGGAGGCAACGCUGGUCAGGUCGCCCUCUGUGGACAGCAUCCAGAAGGACCCCAGGUACGACCCUGAAUUCCUUGUCUGGAAUCAAAAUCAAGCCGAGCAAAGAAUGACAAAGGAAUUUGGCUGGAGGGAUCCUGAACUGCCGGAGGUCAUCCAAAUGCUGCAGCACCAGUUUCCAUCGGUACAGUCCAACGCUGCCGCCUACCUCCAGCACUUGUGCUUUGGAGACAACAAGAUCAAAUCAGAGAUACGGAGGCUGGGUGGGAUCCAGCUGCUGGUGGACUUGCUGGAUCACCGUAUGACAGAUGUGCACAGGAGCGCCUGUGGUGCACUCAGGAACCUGGUUUACGGCAAGGCCAAUGACGACAACAAGAUCGCCCUGAAGAACUGCGGUGGGAUCCCUGCACUUGUGCGGCUCCUGCGCAAGACAACAGACGUGGAGAUCAGAGAACUGCUCACAGGUGUGCUGUGGAACUUGUCCUCGUGCGAUGCUCUGAAGAUGCCCAUAAUUCAGGAUGCUCUGGCAGUGCUGACCAACACAGUCAUUAUUCCUCACUCAGGCUGGGACACCUCGCCCCAGCAGGACGACCGCAAGCUGCACCUGCAUUCCUCACAGGUGCUCCGCAAUGCUACCGGGUGCCUCAGGAAUGUGAGCUCAGCCGGAGAAGAGGCCCGCCGCAGGAUGAGAGAGUGUGAGGGACUGACUGAUGCGCUGCUCUAUGUCAUCCAGACAGCCCUGGGCACCAGUGAGAUCGACAGCAAGACCAUCGAGAACUGCGUGUGCAUCCUGCGGAACCUGUCAUACAGGUUGGCGGCAGAGACGUCUCAGGGGCAGCAGAUGGGAUCGGAGGAGCUGGACGGGGUUCUGUGCACCGAUGCCAGCGGGAAGGAUGCGGAGAGCUCCGGCUGCUGGGGCAAGAAGAAAAAGAAAAAGAAGAGCCACGAUCAGUGGGAUGGUGUCGGGCCGUUCCCAGACUCUAGUGACCCUCCGAAGGGACUGCAGAUGCUGUGGCACCCGUCCAUAGUAAAACCAUACCUCACUCUACUGUCUGAGUGCUCGAACCCGGACACAUUGGAGGGAGCGGCUGGGGCUCUACAGAAUCUGGCAGCGGGUAGCUGGAAGGUAGGCCCCACCUUAAAACCUUGGUCGGUGUACAUCCGUGCGGCGGUUCGGAAAGAGAAAGGACUGCCCAUUCUGGUGGAGUUGCUGAGAAUAGACAAUGACCGGGUGGUUUGCGCCGUGGCCACAGCUCUCCGAAACAUGGCCCUUGAUGUCAGAAACAAGGAGCUCAUAGGCAAGUAUGCCAUGAGGGAUCUGGUCCAUCGUCUACCGGGUGGCAACAAUAACAACAGUACUGGCACCGGCGGCGCCAGCAAGAGCAUGUCCGAUGACACCAUCACGGCGAUCUGCUGCGCUCUGCAUGAAGUCAUCACCAAGAACAUGGAGAACACCAAGGCUCUUCGUGACGCCGGCGGCAUUGAGAAACUCAUCGGCAUUGCCCGCAGCAAAGGAGACAAACACACACCGAAGGUGGUGAAGGCGGCAUCUCAAGUCCUCAACAGCAUGUGGCAGUACAGAGAUUUGCGAAGCCUCUAUAAAAAGGACGGCUAUUCUCAGUAUCACUUCGUUGGCUCUUCAUCUACAAUUGAGAGAGACAGACAACGACCGUAUUCCUCCUCUCGCACUCCAUCUAUCUCUCCUGUGCGGACCUCGCCCAAUAAUCGAUCAGCAAGUGCCCCCACCUCCCCUCGAGAAAUGAUGAGCUUGAAGGAGAGGAAGACAGACUAUGAGUCAACUGGAACCAAUUCUGGUUACCAUGGAAACAAGGGUGAGCACACCUCCAGAAAAGACGCCAUGGCAGCCCAAAUCUCCAGUGGAACAUCUACACUGUUCAGAGGUGCUUACAUGUCUCCUGGUGAUGACAUCAAGCAUAACCAGGUCUCGGCUCAAGGCAACCUUCCAGAGGCCUACCCUCCCUUCCAGACUCCCCCAGGAGCCAACUUCGAGGAGCCGUACUACGAGGACCAAGCGCAUACACGCCCCCCACCCGCCGCUGACGGCACCAUGCAUCUGGGACUGAAGUCCACGGGGAACUACGUGGACUUUUAUUCGGCAUCCCGCCCGUACAGUGAACUGAACUAUGAGACAAGCCACUACCCUGCCUCGCCGGACUCCUGGGUGUAGAAGCACAGAGGCAGGCUGGAGGCUGGCCUAUGGACACCAUUACAUAGGGACCAGCCCAGCAUGUGCAUGAACACUAGUAGACAUCUCACACACGUAAACCUUCUGUUCGGUUCACUGCUCGCACCACAGUGGGCUGCCACUCGGCCGAUGAGCGAGGUUAGGAAAGUGCUUGAAGAGAUAGGAUUUAGGAAUGAAGCUCAUGUGUUUUACAGAAAAGACCACUUCAACUUUGGUGUUUUUGCAAAGCGGUGGAGGGAAUCGACAUGUAAAUGAGAAAGCGGAAGAUAUGUGGCAUGGAGAUGGGACAGUUACGUGAAGCACAAGAAAACGACAUUUGACACAAGCUAAGGAAGUAGUUUUCACACAUUUUUGACAUUUCUUUGUUAAACCAUGCUUUUUAUGGAGUGAUCCGUUACACUCUUCGCCUUUCUAUCUUUUUUCGGUUUCUUUUUAUUAUUUGCUUGUUUUUGUACCUCCUUUUUAACUUCUUAAGUCCGGUGUAAAGUACUUGUUGUAUAUUACAGAUGUAGAUACAAGGUGCAUUGUGUAUAUUACGCAGAGACUACUGUGUCCUCCCAUGUGGCUCAAUAUAUAAUUUUAUUUUCCUGUAUUUUAAAAGAGAGGAAAAUACACUCACUGAACUCCAGCGUCAUGUUCGAUGGGUAAGAAAUGCAGCAGAAAGCAUAUUCAGAAGUGUCGUUUGAUUUAAUGUGUCCCCCCCCCCCCAUUUUUCUAUGCGAG